CCUCACUUUCCAAUAUUGCCCUUUAUUGCCUGCAAUGGUCCUCCGUACGACCGAAGCGUAAGGCGAACUGCAUAUUCAGCUGGCAUAGCGGUUGUGCGUGUAACAAUUAGUUAGCCUUAUCAUCACUAUUCGAACGGUCAUACGGUCGAAGAGAAUCAAAUUGAAUUUCAAGCUCUUUUCAAGGGGUGUAGUUGUUUCUUUGUCAAGUUGAGUUUGCAUCCAUUCGAAGCUUACUAUAACCCCGCGUGAUCCCCUAUCUACACCUUGAAGAACACGAUUCCGCUCACUGUUCGAUGCUUCGUUCAGAAACAGCCAUCGCAACCGCUGUGAUUAAUCACUAGAAGAUUUCAAAGGUAGAGACAAAUCAUAAUAGCUCGCAUAUGAUACAUAGCGUCACGCAGCUGGAGCCACCCCUCUUCUUCACUUCGUUUGAAUGCUUGAUGCUGUAUUGCUUCCCCGCACCUCCGAAUUUGGCAGGCGUGCUGGUUAUCUGCUGACGCCAUGCGCACCACCUGACCCAUGUCGUUCUAGAAACAUGGGUACAGGUUGCCUCGGACAAGAUUGAAAUAUAUAAUCAACAACGACCCGAAAGAGGGACAGAUAAGAAGCCUGAUAAAUAGUGAUUACUAUCGCUGUUGAGGUUAGAUGUUCUUAAGCUGAUAUAAAUAUACGCUCGUUCUUCCCAAGUCGUCUCCCCCAUCAUCAUACAUACCUACAAUACAUACUUUACCUUUAGCACAAGAUGACGGAAACUAUCACUAUUCCUUCGAAAUUUUCAUACGAAGAUACCCAGAAGGCUGUAGAAGCGGCCAUCCCACCGCUCGACCUGACAUUCCAAACGCACGUCGCCAACGGUGACUAUGCCGCAGCGCGUGCGGCGCUCGAAGCGCUGCCACCCCUCAACAACUUCGUCCUCCCACCGCGCAGCUUCACGGGCCCACUCAAGGCCAUUGGCGCGAGCGGACAGUCGGUUCAAUACGAAAUCGGCAACCCCCUAACGGCAGUCACGAUGGCGCAGCACAACCUGGAUAUCGGAUUACACACUCCCCGCAGGGUGCUGGUGCGAGUCGAGGGUGACAAGGUUGUUUUCAAAUACAACUUGAUUGCGCCGCUGGUGGCGAAAUACAACAACGCCGAAGUGAAUGAUACAGCGACGAAGCUCGACGCCCGGAUCACGAAAGCCUUGCGCCAGAUCGGUGGUGACGACUCGUCCGGCUAGAUGCUCGGUCUAAAGGAACAGUUUAGCAUCUGCAAGGGAAUAUGCUACCUACGAUGCUAUGCCCCUUCAACUAAAUGUGAUGCGCACUGGCGAGGACAACACAAGGGGUUAUCUAGAUGUCUUAGAGUAGUAAGGCAAAAAAUCAUAACAACGUAUAAGUCGACAUUGCCACCCUCAGGAAAUUCCUCGUGAAUGGCCAGGAGGGGCACUUAAUGUACUAAAUAUUGAUGAGUGAAGUCGAGGAUGAUGCCAUUCACCGAAGCUGGCACAACUAUGUAAGCUAAAGUGACGUACGAGCAACCAAGAAAUAGACGCCAAAGGGCACAAUAGUCUCAUGAUUACAUGCAAUCUUUCAUCACCGGCCAAGGUUUGUAGUCUGACAAUACCUAUUCUGCAUUGAAAUUAGACGAAAGAGGGAGACAUGCAUC